AUGAAUCCACAACCGAAAGAAACUAAUCGAAGCUCCAUCUCCUCGGGAGCAAGAAACAGUGCUGGCAGUGCUUCUUCAAAUAACAGUAUCUCAAGUAAAAAUAGCGGUAGGGAGUUACAACCACGAAGCGAUACCGAUAGCGAAUGGCAAGACGUUGGUAUGCCCACUUUUAAAGAGGACUAUUCCAUAGAUGCAAUUACGAAGAAGGUGAAACCUGGGAAAAAGGGUUUCCAUUCUGCUAUAGUUCGUGAUGCUGGAUCAUUCGCGCACAAUCCUCAACCACCUUUGGCAAAACCGGUGAAACCCACUUUUGAAAGGUCCCGGACUGCAAACCUGACCGCAACUUCAUCAAGAGGUAACCUGCCGCUACUUUCGCGCACUUCCAGUACGCUGUCAGUAUCAACAGCUACUUCACAUGGACAUAAAGGAACUACCAAACCGUCACGUGCAACUAAUUUCUUCAAGAAACUUACCAGCAGGAAAUCAUCUCUGGCAAGCCAAGGAGGGCCUCCAGAUUCAGAUAAUCAAAUAAGCCAAGGUGGCAGAGUGUCGGCUUCAGAUGGUGAACAGCAGUCACCCUUUCAUCAACAGUCUCUGCAACAGCAAGUUCCCACUAACGCUUUGCGGAGAAAGAUGAGCACAUUCAUACAUGGUUCUUCAACCAUGUCUGCGGCGUCUACUUUGACAUCCGCAAAUGCUCCUCAUAUGAAACACUCUGGGUCUAAGGGCAGCUCCCUGUUACAUUCAGGUAACGAAGCCAGCAAUGGUUCAAAUUUAAGCGGUGGGAAUGCGACAAGUGGCGUUUCGAACCAACAACAUGGAGUAAGUUCUGCAGGCAGAAGUAUUGACACAGACCUGUCAAGAAGAAAUUCAGGGACCUCAUUUGAUGCUUCUAAAUUAUCAGCCGCUAAAGAAAUAUUUGGUGUUGACCUAGAUUUAGACAAACUUUCUGAUAUGACGGAUGUCGUCGUUACUUCUAAUGCACCCUCCGCAGAAACUACGGACAAAGUUCCACCAAAAUCACCUAAUGCGUCACAAGAUACCAAGGAUGCUACACUUGCGCUACGGAAACAAUGGACUGCUCCAGAAUCCUGGGAUGUUGAUGAGACGGUCGGUCUUGAUGUUAACAAAAUUAAAGAAAGACAUAAGAUGUCAAAGGCCAAUCGACAUAGAGGGAAAAACCGCAAAAGGUACAGCAAAUCACAAGGAAAACAUACCAAGGGGUCUGUUCCAAAAAAUGUCAUUGCGAAAGAUACUUCGGAGCCAGUAAUUCCUCAUGUACACCAUCAUGACUUUGAAGAAGACGCAUUGUCACCGCGCACUUCUCCUCCUAACAGAGGAUCGAAUGACGAAUCGGGACUGCAUUUAUCAGAAACGAAAAGCUCCGAAUGCGAUCUUUGUUUCACAAUUUCUCCCAACGGCGACGAAGACUCAGACAUUUCCAUUGAAACCCAAUCAGAAAGCCUAGACGAUAUAACUUCUGCUAAGACGCAAUCUCGACCAGGUUCGCCUCUAUCACAAAAAAAUAUCGAACAAUAUACAGAACUAGAUGGAGAAACCGAAUACGAAGAACAUAUGCUUGAGAAGUAUUAUAGUGAUCUUUCGGAUAUUGACCAAACCAAAAAAUAUGCUAUUAGAAUCUUCAAUGUCGAUGAUACUUUCACAACCCUUUCAUGUCGUCCAAAUACAUCUGUGGCCGAACUUAUACCACAAAUAAAGAAAAAGUUUAAUAUUCAACAGGGGAAUUUCCAGUUGUCGUUGAAGGUUGGUAAACUAUCUAAGAUUUUACGACCAACUGCAAAUCCAAUCCUCAUCCAGAUCAAGUUAUUACUAUUGAAUGGUUACAAGAAGAGUGAUCCGCUCCAUAUUUUGGGGCUCGAAGAUGUCAGCUUUGUUUUUAGUUUCAAAUUCCACCCGGUGACCACUUCCCAAUUAACAAUAGAACAACAACAGAGGCUCUCGAAGGGUGACUUCAUUCAUGUUGACUUGAGAAACAUGGACUUAACUACACCUCCUAUCAUUUUUUAUCAGCAUACUUCUGAAAUCGAGAGUUUGGAUGUUUCUAAUAACGCUAAUAUCUUUUUACCUAUCGAUUUCAUUGAAAGUGCCGUUAAGCUAUCCAGUUUGAGAAUGGUUAAUGUCAGGGCAUCUAGGUUCCCAGCCAACAUUACACAGGCUUAUGAUUUAGUUUCCUUGGACCUAGAGAGAAACUUUAUCAAAAGGGUACCGGAAUCCAUCUCCAAGUUGUCCAAUCUUACUAUUUUGAACCUUCAAUGUAACCAGUUAGACAGACUUCCAUCUGGAUUUAAGAAUCUCAAGAACUUGCAGUUGUUGGAUAUCUCCUCCAAUGCAUUUACGGCGUACCCCGAAGUUAUCAAUAGGUGUACAAACUUAUUACAGGUUGAUCUUUCAUACAAUAAGAUAAAUUCACUUCCACUUUCCAUCAACGAACUAAGUAAGUUGGCGAAGAUGAACCUAUCCAACAAUAAAAUUCAAGCUGUUCCCGAUUUGUCAGGUAUGGCAAACCUACGGACUCUCAAUCUAAAAAACAAUAGAAUUGCCACUAUCAAAUCAAACGCCCCAAAUUUGCAGAAUUUAUUCUUAACCUCAAACAGAAUUUCCGUUUGGGAAGAUUCACUACCUAAACUAAGAAGCUGCGAUUUGACAGAAAAUCCUGUUACUUCGUUCGACUAUAGAGGUAAUGUGUUAUCUAACCUUACAAGUUUAUCUCUAAACAAGGCAAAACUAUCCAGUUUACCUAUCGAUUUUUUGAAAACUUUAGAAAAGCUUGAGAAGCUUGAAUUAAAUGACAAUAACUUAACAAGUUUACCUGCGGAAAUCAAGUACUCAAAAAAACUAAUUCAUUUUUCUGCCGCCAACAACAAGUUGGAUAGUAUUCCGGAAGAAAUAGGAGAACUCUCCAAUCUUAAAUCACUUGAUUUACAUUGUAAUAAUAUUAGAGAAUUACCCAUUUCAAUUGUAAAUUUAGAGCUAACAACAUUAAAUUUCUCCUCUAAUUUACUUGGCUACAACCCCGGAUUAGAGGACUAUGAAAAUACCCCUUUAUCAAAAUCAUUACUAUUUCUCAAUACUGCUGACAACAAUCUCAAUAAUGAGAUGCUUCCUUUAUUCAACUUCAACACUAGCUUGAAGAUAAUCAAUCUUUCUUAUAAUGAUAUUUCUGAUAUUUCUGCAUUAAACCUACCAUCGUUGACAGAGUUGUAUCUAUCCGGCAAUGCUAUCACCAGCUUGCCCGGUGAAGUGUUCCAAAGAAUGAAGAAUUUGAAGGUGAUAAUGUUAAAUGGUAAUAAGCUGAUGUCACUACCAUCGGAGCUCUCUCAACUUUCGAAUUUGACAGUUCUAGAUGUUGGUUCAAAUCAAUUAAAAUACAAUAUCUCAAACUACCAUUAUGAUUGGAACUGGAUGAAUAAUUUGAACCUAAAAUAUUUGAACUUUUCUGGGAAUAAAAGGUUCGAAAUAAAGUCAAUGAUUGGCCCUGAUACUAAAACAGAUUUGUCCGACUUGACAAUCUUAAAACAGUUAAAAAUUUUGGGGUUGAUGGAUGUUACAAUGAAAACCUCCAAGGUUCCUGACGAUGGUGUCAACUUUCGUCUAAGAACUACCGGAUCCAUGAUUAAUGGUAUGAAGUAUGGUGUUGCUGAUACUUUGGGUAAAAAGAGCUCCGUGUCAACUAGAGAUAUCAAGUACGAAAGAUUUAGAGGCAAGGAUGAUGAGUGCUUGUUCUGUCUUUACGAUAGUGUGAAUGAAAACGCCUCUUCUGGUCAUAAAAUCUCACAAAUCAUCAGAGACAUAUACGAUAAGAUUUUAACAAGAGCUUUGGAAAAAUAUGGAGACGAUACUGACGAAAACAUAAGGACAGCAUUGCGGUUCAGUUUCUUACAGCUUAACAAAGAAAUUAACGGGAUGUUGGUGUCUGUUGAAAAUGGCCUGAACAAAUCUGAAUUAACUACCGUUGAUUUGCUCAGUGGUGCAUCUGCAACAGUCGUAUUUUUCAAAGGCAAGUCAGUGUAUACAGCGAACAUUGGUAACAUCGGAGCUAUUCUAGCGAAAAAUAAUGGUGAUUACGAGGUUUUGACUAGGUUGCAUGUUCCUACUAAGAGAGAUGAAUAUGAAAGAAUAAGAAUUGCAGGCGGUUAUGUCAAUAGUGAAAAAUUAGAUGGUGUUUCUGAAGUUUCUAGAGCCGUAGGAUUCUUCGAUUUACUGCCUCAUAUUCAUGCAUCUCCAGAUAUUUCGGAUUUCAAGUUGACCUUCUCAGAUCAGAUGAUAAUUAUUGCAUCACAUAAUCUUUGGAAUUAUAUCGGUUAUGAAAUUGCAUCUGAUAUUGCUCGUGAGAAUGGCUCAGAACCUAUGCUGGCUGCGGAAAAGUUGAAAGACUAUGCCAUAACUUAUGGCUGUACUGAUAAAUUGACAGUUGUCUGUAUAAGUGUGGAAAAGGGUGCUACUGAAACGAAUAGAUUCAAUAUAAGCAAAAAAGAUUUGUUAUCGAGAAAAACUGCAUUUGAAGAUAGUUCUCUCAGAAGGCUUCAACCUGAGAUCCCCCCUCCCACAGGUAAUGUUGCCAUUGUUUUCACCGAUAUAAAGAAUUCCACUUUCAUUUGGGAAUUAUUCCCUGAUGCGAUGAGAACCGCUAUCAAAACACAUAACGAAAUAAUGCGUAGACAACUACGUAUUUUUGGUGGUUAUGAGGUGAAGACUGAAGGUGAUGCAUUCAUGGUAGCAUUCCCAACACCUACGAGUGCUUUGGUCUGGUGUUUAAGUGUUCAAUUGAAACUUUUGGAGGCUGAAUGGCCGGGUGAGAUAACAUCUAUCAGGGACGGUUGUUUGAUCACGGACACUAGCGGCAACAAAAUUUAUCAAGGUCUUUCAGUGCGUAUGGGUAUCCACUGGGGUUGUCCUGUGCCAGAAGUCGAUGUUGUUACCAAGAGAAUGGAUUAUCUAGGCCCUGUUGUGAAUAAAGCUGCAAGAGUCUCUGGUAUUGCUGAUGGAGGACAGGUCAUGCUCAGUAAUGAUUUUAUGGUAGAGUUUAAGAAGAUUUUAAGCUACCACCAGCAAGUCACUGAAGAUAAUAUUCCGCUCGCAAAAGCCUACGGGGAAGACAUUGUGGGUGAAAUUUUAGAACGAGAAAUACACAUAUUAUCGUCUAUAGGAUGGAUGUUCGUCGAGCUUGGUGAACAAACGUUGAAAGGGUUGGAAACUAAAGAACUUGUCACCAUAGCAUAUCCUAAAUCACUUCAAGCGAGACACACUUUGGCAACACAAGAUCAGAAUAACAGUGUUAUUUCAGAUGAUUUUCUAUUCCAAAUUAGAUCAGUGUCCAAUAGAUUGGAGACUGUCCUCUCCUCAGUCCAAGGUGGUCUUAUCGGGCUGGAAAAUUCUGCCAAUGGACGAUAUACUACCUUUGAUAGUAAUACCAAACAGGCCGUUAUGAAAAACUCGUCCGAAGCAGAUCUUCUUGCAUUCCUUGACCAUUUAAUCACCCGAAUUGAAUCGUCAGUCGUCUUAAUGAACUUACGCCAACAGGUCCAGGGUGGUUUAACCAUAUACAAAUCUGGUGAUGCAAUGAAACAGAAAUCAAUCUUCCAAUUGCUGGAUGACCUUCUAGCCAGAAACCAAUUAUACAUAGAAAACAGCCAUAAUGACGAGAGCGAGCAACAAAGCUUCAAAUCUUUUCCGGAGGAGUAG